UCCUUACAGUAAAAGCUGCUGUGUCAAACUUCCGUGUGAACGCUUGAUCAUUACAAAGGAUCCUCCCCCUUUCUGUUCUUGAAAUGCAACAAAAUACAACAUAUCGUUAAACCGCGUUAAACUAGCGUUUCACGUUUCAUAAUGGUUUGGAUUCGGUCCACCUGCUACGGUAAAUGCAAUCUCAAUCUCUAUUGUCACGUCUGAGAAAACACGUGGAGGGGGUGUGUUUCAGAGCAGUGGGGACAUCCCUUGUCGGGAGUUGAGAAACACCCAUUUUUAUAAACACCACAGCACAAAGAGACUUCACACCAGUUGUGGAGGAAGCAGCAAACAGCUAUUGAAAAUACAUCCAGUGUUUGAGGGCUAUGACCUGCAGGUCUCGAUGGACUUGGCCCUUGUUUUAGUGUUGCAAGUUCUAUUUCAGCCAGCUCUCUCAGCUGUCUUGUUCACUGUGGAGGCAGAACAAAGCUUGUAUGAAUCAGAGUUCGGAGGAAAUGUUGAGUUGGGCUGCAGCUUUCAGCCUAAACUAUCCUCUCCUCAUGCUGACCUAAAGGUGACCUGGAAUCGGAUCCCCUCUGCAUCGGCUGGGCACAUUUACUGGAUGGAUAAUGGGAAGGAGCUCACAGACUCCCAGGAUCCAGACUAUCGGGGCAGAGUGAAGCUUCUCAAAGAGGAGCUGAACAACGGCUUGGCAAAGUUACAGAUCUCCAGACUCAGAAUCAAUGACUCUGGGAGGUACCAGUGUUUGGUGGAGACAUCAGAAGGAGCUGAUUAUAAAGCCAUAACUCUAUCCGUUAAAGCACCUUAUAGAGAUGUUACCAAACACAUUGGUAAAUCUAAAGAGGAUGAGGUGCUGCUAAGUUGUCAGUCCAAGGGAUAUCCUGAGUCCUCUGUUGUGUGGCAGGAUGGGAACAUGCAGAGACUCAAUGCCAACACAAGUGCUGUAUCAACAACGGAGCAGCUCUUUAUUGUCACGAGUCAGAUCCGUGUCAAAUCACCAGACAAAAACAAUUACACUUGUAGCUUUACCAGGGACGGCUACUCUGCAACAUUUAAGAUUCCAGAUGACUUUUCUGCUUCUCAUGAAAGAAGUGAUGCUGUCAUCAUUACAUUGUGCCUGGCUGUGAUGGUGUUUAUCAUUAUCAUUGCAGUUCUCAUGUAUCGACGAAAAGGGUGCAGAAAUGCCGUCACCAGGAACCUUUGUGUCAAUGGAGGUGGAAGAAAUGUCUUGCCUGCUUUUUGCCUGCAAAUACAGAGAGAAAAUGAGGAGGAGAAAAUUACUUUUAAUGAAGGCUGCAUGGAAGAAAACCUUGGAGCAUUUUUGAAAGCUCAUUACCUUAAUCUCCCCUUCACUCAAAUGCCGAGACAGUACUGGGAAGCUUUCGGUGUGGAGGUGCUGCCUCACAGGCUGCAAAACAAUGAGGGCCAGCCUGUGAAUCUCCAAGCUUUACUCCCAGAAGUGGGAGAAACUCUUCUUCUCGAGGGAGCUCCAGGGAGUGGGAAGACAACAUUAGCCCAAAUCCUGGUCUCUUCUUGGACUGAGGGACCAGACCAUGCCUUCCCUAACCUCCUUGACCUCAGCGCUGUGCAACUUUUGCUCUACAUGGACUGCAGCAGAGCGAAGAGUGACUUGUUUCAGGAAAUGAUGACUCAGCUCCACACAGAAAAGAUCUCAAAAGAGGAGGAGCUGAGGACCGUGUUGACCCGGUCCAAGGAAGCUCUGCUGUUGUUGGACGGGUAUAAAGAAGGGGAACAGAUUUUUGAUGAGUCAUUGAGGAGGUUUCUGAAUGAACCAGAAGGAUGUAGGGUGCUGGUUAUGGCUUGCACAGGACAUUGCGAAAAGUUGAAAGAAAUAAUUGGGACAGGACUGGUGGAGCUCCAAACAGACACUGACACACUGAGCUAACAAAGAGAACAGGGAUUAGCGCUUGUUACAUUAUAAACAAACAUUUGAAUGAUAUAGGUUUUUUUACAUUACCUCUUUUAUACCCUGUGGUCAGAUUUUUUAGAUGCCCAAGUAUGCUGCAGAACUUGUUUAAGUCGAUAUAUGUAAAUUGCACAAUAAAAACUGCUUUUCUAUUCUUUUGUGAA